UGACAUUUUGCCAGCUCGAUUCAAUUUCGUUUGGCAGAUGUAAUAUAAUGAUGUAUUGAUCGAAAUUAUUAUGAAUUAUUGAGGUGUAUGAAUGAAGUAACUUGUGUUUAUCAUAACAUCUUCGAGUUUAUUUUUGUAUUAAACGUUUAGUGCGUUUACGAUAAAAUAUGGCAUCUCGCGGUGGUGUAAUGGUAACAGGAACGAACGGAGCCGAUUUCGAACAUCGGGAAAAAAUAGCGAUACAGUAUCAAUUAAGUGCACUGAAUAAAUCUCGACUUAAAUACUGCAUGUUCUUCCAACAUGUGUUGUUUAUUGUGAUGGUGGCGAAGCUCUCUGCUGACAUUCUGGACAAACUUGAUAUAUUCAUAUUGGAAAUUGAAGAGUUGCAGAUUCCAUCGCCCCUCUGUUGGGAGUACAUCUGGUGUUUGUCUCUGCUCCUUACUUUCCUUGGCUUGGCGUCUAUAAAACGAAACAAUAUUCAGAAUUUACGAAGAUAUAUGUAUGGGAUAGUGAUCUUGGGCUUUGGGCCUCUGUUGUAUGGCCUUGUGUACUACUGCGGAGAUGUCUGGAGAUAUUUGACUAAAGAUGAGGAUGAAGAUACUUCAGAAAUGGAUAUAGAAUUGUGGCAGGGCUACCCGUACGGCUUGCUGUGGUAUGCAUUUAUAUUUCUAGCGUCUCAAGUCCAUUUCUUCCAGUUGUACUUUAGCAGGGCGCUGCUGCAGGCGUGGCGCGCGCGGGGGGCGCGGGGGGCGCGGGGGGCGCUGCGGAAAUCUGAUUAAACUAUACUGUUUCUUUCAUUUAUCUAUUGUUGAUAUUUGUUGAAUUUUUAUAUGGACAAAUUGUUGAUUCAUAAUUCACUAACAUCUAUACUAAUAUAAAGGGAAAAGAUUUAUAUUUGUAUGUAUUAAAAUAAUUCAAAAACUACUGUCAAAUAUUAGAUACUAAUUAUUUCCUUAAAACGCUGUUAUCAAUGAGUAACAUAGGUUAUGUUUUUAUUAUUUUUUUAAAUUCACACAGACGAAGUCGCAGGCAAAAAGUAGUGUUUUUUAUGUUGCAAUUCAUUUGUGAAUUUCAUCAUUUUAUUUGACUAGCAAUUCGCAAUUUUGAUAAAACAACAAAGAUAAGUUCCAUAUCUUUUCUGUCAUAUCUUUACCCUUCCCGUUGAUGUCUCAUAUAGCCAAUGUUUCUCACUCAUAAUGUGAAUUUCUGAUAGUUAUUUUUUAAAAUCAAUUCUUCAGUUUGCGUAUCAUCAUCAUUACCAGCUCACUAUAUGUCCCCACCGAGGG